UACUAUUUCAAAAGUCAAAACAACAAAUUUGAAGCCUUGAAAGCUGAAUUCCAUAUUUAUCAAAAUAUUAUUUUCCUUUUUAGUUAUUGGUAUAAAGGUUGUUUAUGUACGUUUUCCUAUUUAAACAAUAUAUAACCAUAUUAGAAUUCUAUAUCUAUUACAUCUAUAUAUCGAACCCAUACGAUUACAAUUUACAAUCAAAGUGAUCACAUUUCAAAUCAACAAAUUUUUAAAAACUACGAAACAAUGACUGAAUCAACAGCAACGCCAAUUGAAGGAUGGUCAAAGGAGGAUAAAUUUAAUUUAUUGCGCGCUAUAAGAGAAUUUGGUUCUCAUGAUAUUGAAAAGAUACAAGGGUUUAUGUUUAGUAAAAGUUGUGAAGAAAUUUCUGGAGCUAUAGAAUAUUACAGAUCUAAAGCUUUACAAAAUCCUAACGCAAAAAAGAAAAGGGAGAAGCGGAAGUUAAAUACCACUACUACACCCUUAGGGCGUUGGGCUGCAGCACUAAUAGAUAAUAAGAGUUAUGAUGAAUUAAGAACGGAUAUAUCAACUGCUCUCAGGUUGGUGGCUGAGUUUGAAGAAAGAUCUCCAAAAACUUGCACAGAGCAAUAUAAUUUUGGAGCAGUAUACCAAACAUUAGCAAAUGCUUUAGAUGGGAGAGUAUUGUCUGAUGAUCAAAAAGUAAAUGCUUUGAUAGAGAAAUGUUUAAUUGAUGCAGCCAUUUUGAGCAAAGCAUUUAAAUGUAAAAGUUUUGUCAAGGAUGUGAUUAACGACAUACAUUUAACUACUGAUUGGAUGGAUGAUAUAGUGCUUCUAAAGGCAAGUGAUGACAGUGACCUUGCAAACAUAGGACAUAUAAUUUGUCACAAAGCAUAUAAUCCUUUGAAUAUAUCUAUAAAUGAUCUUCAGUGUGGUAAAAAAUAAUUUACACAAUUUCAUACAAUUUAAACUUAGUAAAUA